AUGCACAACAUGGAGAAAACCCUCACGGAGCUUCACGGAAUGUUGAAGCAGGCCGAGCAAACGCUCAAAGAUGAGGGGAAGCAUGACAUGCUUAUGGUAAAAAAGGGCAAGUCAUUCAAGAGAUUAGGCAAGAAGAAGGGCUAUAAGGGGAAGGGUAAGAAGACCUUUCCACCUAAGCCAAAAGCUACCAAAGGCGACAAGCAAAAGAAGGUAACCUAUUCUCCGUCCGACUCCAAAUGCUUCUAUUGCAAGAAGAAAGGGCAUUGUAAAUGGGACUGCCUCAAGCUCAAGGAGGAUAAGAAGAACGACACCGUUGCUUCUAAAUCAGGGACUAAGGAAAAGUAG